AUUAAAUAUAGUGUUAAAUUUGAAGAAAUGGAAGACAUGGAUAUCUGGGGUGAUUUCACGUCGAAAAACAACCAAAUUGGAACAAAUGAAGACUCUAUCAGAGAAAGACUAGCACAAAACGAACAAGCUCGGAUUAGAGAUAAGUUGGAAAAUCAAGCCUACAGAGAUGGAUAUGAGAUAGAAGAAGAUAAAAUUAUAGAGUCUACAUUUCGAGAGGGAUUCAAGAUUGGAGCUGAGCAAUGGAAAUUUUACUCUAAAAUUACAGGAAAGAUUGAAGCUCUUAAAAACCUGAUAAAUAUGUUGCCAAGCUCUGAUUAUUUGAAGGAACUUUUGGAGAAGUUAGAAUCCAUUUUUAACCAAAUUCCAGUCUCUACUACACAAAUAUCAACUCCAGAAGUGCUUCGUUCAGAUCCUUCUUGAAUUACGGAGACAUUUAAUCUCACUCAACUCUCCGAAGAAAUUGACCGAAUAGAAGAAAAGUUGGAGGAAUAUUUAAAAGAAUAAUUUUGUGUGAAAUUACUUUGAUGAGUCACACUUGAGCAUUUAUUAGAAGAAGCAGUAA